AGGCCCUUCUUUAAGCCCAAUACUUGCCGCAGUAGCUCUCUGCCGUGGGGUGAAUAAUGCUCGUUUUCCUCGAGUCGAUUUCCUGUCAGAAAAUCCAAGGAGUAUUCAGAGUCACCCGUGUGUCGCGGCAGGUGUGAGGUCAAUUUCCCAUCCGAAUGAAAUCGUAGUACGUGACAACACUAACGUGAAAGCAAAGUGAUUUUGAAGGAUCGCGAGUCAAUGACAAGUUUGAGGAAAUUCCUGUUACGUUUUUCGGGGCGAGGGUGAUAAAGUAAGCGGAAUAUAAAGGCGAGUUCUGCGCAGUGAGUGCGAGACCAUUUACCCAUACAAAAUGGUCACGGUUAGAGAAAUUUUACUAGGUGCUGUACUUGGUGUUGUACUUGGUGUUUGUGUUAUCGGCGUGCAAAGUGGUUUUAGCAGUCAAUUCGGCCCAACGGCCCAACGUCCCAACACUCAGUUCAGCUCAACGCAGCAACACCCGAGUCCCUUCGAGCCCAGCCCCCAAAAACCCCCGAAAAACCCCAAACCGGAGGACAAUGUGAGCUGUAAAUGCCCCAAAGUCAUUGACGAUGGAUUCUACCCUAGAAAUUUUACCCCUCAACCAAACAAGGACCAAGAUAUUGCUGAUAAAUGCAUUAAAAUCGACAACUGUGACAAAGAGAGGCACUCAAGGUAUAGAACGUAUGAUGGGAAAUGUAAUAACCUUAAUUUUCCCAUGUGGGGAAUGAAGGAUUCUGGUCUCUUACGGCUACUCGCACCUCAAUAUGCGGACGGGAAAAGAACACACAGGAGAGCGCAGGACGGAGGUGAACUGCCAAAUGCAAGACUUUGCCGCACGCAAAUCUUGAAAGAUAAAAUAAUCUUGAACAAAAAAAUUUCCUACCUCUUCGUAGUUUUUGCCCAGUGGAUCUCUCACGACACGUGUAUUACGAGUGAAGCAUCCGGAAAUUUGGCAAAUUGCUGUGAUGGAAACGAUUGGCCGAAAGAAAUGCCCGCGAACUGUACCUCAACUAAAGUGCUACCUGAUGAUGAAGAGUAUGGGCCGCAGGGCGUCAAAUGCUUACCUAGGAUACGAUCCCAGACUAUGCAGGAUUUAGGCUGUGACUUGCCUUUUUUGCAGCAGCUAACAUCACUAUCACACUUCAUGGAUCACUCCGUGAUGUACGGCUCGACAAAGAAUGACUCCAUGUUCCUCAGAGAAAUGAAGGGUGGACGGCUGAGAGAGACGAUAAUCGACCAUCAAAAGUUUCCACCCAAUCUUAAAAAUCCACACUCAGUGUGCGAUCUUCACAAGGACGACCCGCAUUAUUGUUGCAUUACUGGUGAUUUCAGAACGAACGAAAAUCCACCGUUCACGGCUUUAGCAACGAUGUGGUGGAGAUUUCACAAUGACUGCGCCGACAUCUUAUCUAAAAUCAACCCUCACUGGGAUGAUGAUACGACGUACGAAGAGUGUAGGCGUAUAACAAUCGCUUCCUAUCAUUUCAUCACUCGGAAGGAAUUCUUACAUCUCCUAGUGGGACCUGAGUUCGUGAAGGCUGCCGGACUUAAUUUCAAGAAUACAGAACCCGAUAAGCUUUACGACCCAUUUUUAAACCCAACAUCGAUAAAUGAAUUUCUAAUGGCAGCUUACAGGGGCGGACACAGUAUGAUUCUUGAAGUAUUGAAAUUGCACAUGCAUAAUAAUGAGACGGAGCACAUGCGUAUAAAUAAUUUUCUGAAUCGGCCAAUGCACGUGGUCAAAUCGUACGGACCACUCGUGGAGAGCACUUGCGACUCGCCGAUGGCCAAACAAGAUAAAUUCGGCUCAAAAGACAUGAACAAUAAACUAUUCCACUCGGUGCGGGCUGUUGGUGGAGAUCUGGACACCACGUCGAUAGAACGCGAGAGAGAAUCGGGAUUGGGUGGCUGGUGUCACUACAUUCAUAAGCUCCUCGGGCAGGACAAGAUUGAGUCUUGGAGGGACUUGGAAAAAUACUUUGCUCCAGAUACCAUAAGGGACUUCAGAAAAGUCUACAAACACUGGUUGGACAUAGAUCUGUAUGUUGGAUGUGUCGCUGAGUGUCCUGUCGGCAACAGCAUGUUCGGGAAAGUCUGCACGGCAAUAAUAAUCGAGCAAUUCAAAAGGUGGCUCAUUGGAGACAGAUAUCAUCCCACCUGUGAUGGUCAGCCAGGACUGUUUCCAAACCAUCAACUCAAAGAAUUGAACAAAAUGGACAUGGCUUAUAUAUUGUGUCAUUACGGCGAUAUGACAGAAGUUCGGGAAAAACCUUUUCUGAUGGGGGGAAAGAAAAAGGAGUGCAGCUCAAUGCCUAAAGUCGAUUGGAACGCCUGGAAAGCUUUGGCCAAUGAAACAUCACAAAAAAGUUGAUUUUGAUCAACUCAUCAAAAUUAAUUCUCAUGUUUCUGGAGCGGGCAGCUUAAAUGAUUAAAGCUUUAAUCGCUCGAAAAUCCGAGAUUGUACUCGAAUCGUCUCUAUUCCUCUGUUCCAUUGUCUGAGCCAUGUACUGUUUGUAAAACUACCACCUCAGAGUUGUUGCUCAAGACCUUCAUUUGUAAUGUAAGCUCUAUUUACCCAGAAAUUUAAGUCCAUUGUCGCUGGUAGUAUUUCAAGUAAGACAGCUCAACUUUGAACGUUAAGCCCUGAUUGAAGAAUAAAAAACUUCUAAAUUUUGUCA